AUGGCUCUUAGAAACCCAAAUAGUGUUUUCUCAAAUCGUUUAAUGGUAGGUUUCAUCUUUCAACCUUCCAUUACCGAAAUAUUCUCGUACUUUCUUCCUCAAAGACUCCUCGUAGGGCAACCGGUUUUGCCUUCUCCAUAUGACACUAACGUCAAAGACAUUGAUCUUUACGGUGAGAUGUCACCGCAACAACUAUUUGAUCAUCAAUCUACUAGUGAUGAAACCGAAUUCUACUUCUUUACGACUUUAAAAAAGCAAAGUGAGUCGAACAAAAGAGUUAAACGUGUGGCCGGUGGAGGGACUUGGGACGGAGAUAGAUACGAAGAAUGUAAAAUGGUUGUUCAAGGAAAUAUGGUGAAAGUUGGUGUGAAGAAGUCAUUUAAGUUCAAGAAGUCCAAAAAAGAUGAAUGUGAUAAUAAUGUUUCUUGGAUCUUGCAUGAGUACAAGAUGGAUAAAGAUUACUACGUUAACACAUACAACAACGGCAAUAAUAUCAACCCUAAUGUUGUUGAUAAUAUUGUAUUUUGCCAUGUUCACAAGAAAGUGGAGAAAAACUUCAUUGAGAUGGACAAGAAAAGGAAAGAAAGCUUCAAUUGCGAAGAGCAAAGGAAGAGAAUUUGCAAUGAAAAUAAAAAUCUUGAAAGUGGAAAAAUAUUGGACAAUAACCCUCCUACACAAAAAAUGGACAACAACAAUAUCAAUGAAAGUACAAGUGUGGAGUCGUCAAUAAUAAUCAAUAAUAACGCAUCUCUUAACAAUGGAUAUGACAACAAAGGCGGCGAUGAUGGAGAUAUACAAAAUGUAUUAAUGAACAUCAAGUAUGAAGAUGAUCUAAAUUUUGAUUGGGACUCUUACCUUCAAGUGUCACUGGAUGAUCAUCAAACUACUAAUGAAGAUCGAGAUGGAGUUUCAUUAGAGGAAUUAACGAAGAGUCAAGAUGAUACUCAACUGUUUCCUAAUUCAACAACAACCAACGUUUCUGAUCCGUUACUUGAUUAUUGGUGGAGUAUUUUUUUACAAAAUAAUAAUGUUUAG